AAACUACAACCAGGUGAGACGUUAAUGACCGACCUAACAAGAGCUUGUCACGAUAAAAUAACUUUCUUUAUUUUAGUUUCACCUGUUACUGCUGCCCUUCUCUGAUAUUUGUUUGUGUGGGAGCGUGUCACUGGGUUUGAUUUGGAAAGAGGAAGACAACACAAUGAAUAGGAGGCGGAACAAGUGAAAUACUAAGGUGGAUACAUAAAACAGAGACUGUACAAGCUCAGCCCAGUUGUGGUGUGGAAGUGGCAAGACAACCAACAUGACCUGCACAAAGAUCACAGGCCUUUUGCUUUCCCUCCUCCUCCUCCUCCUCCUUGGUCAGGUCUGCAGUCAGGGGCCAGAGAUUGUGUUUAGGGAGGAGGGCGGCAAUGUUGUGAUGGGUUAUUGUUUUGGAGCGGAUUAUCUUCUUGCUUACAGAUCUGCUGCAGGCGGAGAACAACUACUGGGUAACUCCUCGAACAAGAAUCUGCCCAACACACCUCCCGUGGACCUGGAGGGUCGAAUUCAGAUGAAUGAAGUUGACAAUCUGCUUGGGAUCCAGAUAGAUGAACUCACAGACCUGGACUCUGGGAUCUACAGGAGAGAAUGCUGGCAGAAUCAUACAAUGGUCAACAAUCAUAUGGAGCAGCUCUUCGUGUGCAAAGAAGAGAUUUCAGCUGAAGAGAUCAAAGUGAAUAGUGAAGGUGGAGCGGAUAUUCGCUGCCAAAGCUCUUCUGUUGGUCAGGAGGGAACUUUUGUGCGCUGGUAUCUGGAACUACAGCCUGACUACAAGCCCAUACUCCUGCUGGACAGCAGUGUUUCACUGGAGCCGGUGAUGAAAGAACUGCAGGAUUCUGUGGAGGCCCGAGAAAACGGUGCUGUGCUCAUGGUAAAUAAAAUUGUGUUCCAGAAUUUUCCACAGUUUCACUGCACUGUGUUCAAAGGUAAGACUUGCCUUGGUUUCCAAAACCUAUUCCUUCCAGACUACAGUUACAGUAAAGAGGUUUAUGUCUCCAAAGGGGAAAGAGUAGUUCUAAAUUGUAGUGGUGAUGGUGGAAACCUGUGGUGGGAGACUCCACAGGGACAACUUAACAGCAGCAGCCCAAGGAACAAUGAGAUGUACAUAUCAGCUGGUGAAGAACCAGACAGCUUCUCCUUAAUAAUCCCUGUUAUUUCUGAUGAACACAAAGGGACUUACACAUGCAUCGCUCCAACAUUUGAGAUCGAGUACUCUUUGUUUCUAUGCCCCAAAAGUGAAUUACAAGAAAAGGUUUACUUUAAAGACUCAAAUAUCUCACUGGAAUGUACUUCUGACCUGGAUAAUCUUAAAAGAGUCCAGUGGUUCCGUCAUGUACAAGCAGACAUCUAUGAAAUCAUUGGUGACACAUAUGAUGAGCUUGUCUCCAUCCCAGAAGACCUGGAAGGCAGAGUGGAACUGUCUAUUUCUGGAUUGCUGAACAUCUCUAACCUGUGCAGCGAGGACGAACGGAUGUACAGAUGUAUUGUUUUGAAAGAAUUCCAGGACAAUGUCACUGCUGAAGAAAACGAUUAUGAGGAAGGCACGAAUGAGGAUUACUUCAACGAAGAUGAACACACUGACGCAGAUAGGUGCUUCUUUAAACAGGAGUUUAUAUUAAAAUCUGCAUCUGUCCGUAGAAUUAUCCCUAGAACUUUCCCUACAACUGCCCCUACAAAUGACUCUGGAUCUCACGUUGUAUACGCAGUGGUCGUGGGACUGGUGUUUCUAGUUAUUGCAGCUGUAGUCAUAGUGAUGGUGAAAAAGAGACCAUCUGUUUUUGCAAAAAACAGAAACAGAGAAAAAGUAACUGCAGUGGAUUCUGAUUGUACAGACAGCUUAAAACAAAAUGCUGAGGAUAAAGUUUAAUACUUUCUAGGUUUGUGUUUAGAUGUUUUAUUUGACCAUCUUGUCUAUAAACUUUGUUUUAAAAAUAUUUAUCAUGUGAAAGUAUUUAGUUUACAUUUGUUGUAUGUAAAUAAAGUCUCUUAAGUGUAUGCUUUCAGUUUCUGUUAACACAAUUGUUUUAGUUUUCUCAAUAGUGACUUAGGACUUCAUACAGAAAAUCAACGUAAAUUGUGUUUUUUUCUUUAAAAGUGUCUCUCCUUCCUGAAAAUAUUUUGGAAAGCUUUUUAAAAAAGACAAAGCAGUAAUUAUUUCUCUUUCAUCUUAAGCUUUUAGGUGUACUGUGUGGUGUCUUCUCUUACAUUGCGUGCCAGGUGAGACUCAGUGAUCUGUAAAAACCAGUUUGACUGCUUUAAAGUCAAGGCGUUGCUUGGCUUGUUUCAGGGAAGAGAAAAAAAAAAUGACAGAUUGUAAUUAGAUUCUGAAAGAAUUCAAGCGGCAACAUCUAUAGGAAAAUAAUAACCAACAAUGCAAAACACCAACAAGAUUAUAUUCAGGUUUCAACUACUGCAAGACUCAAUACAAAAUAAGAAGAGGUGGAUCUUCAAAACCUUCCAAAGUCUAAGCAGAUAUGGUUUAACAGAACGCUAACAGUUGCUGAAAAGACACCAUCACUUCUGUUUCUUAAAAAAAAAAAUUAGUUUGUGAAACAUCCAGGAUUGUCAGAAUUGAGAAUUUUGCUGGUGUGUUGCAAUGUUAAAGAAUAACUGGCGCCAGCAUUGAUAAAAUAUAAUUAUAUUAUCUUGCAUGUUUUUCCUGUCUGCAAACAAACAUUUGACUGAUUCAAAACAACAAAUUCAAGCCUUGAGUUGUGGUUUUCUUUCAAAGUCCAAAAACAUAUUUGUAAACUUAAUUUGCAACUCUACAUGAGUCUUAGAUGUCAGUGUGUGUGUGUAUGUGCUGACCCGGGGAAGGACUGUAAAUUUCCCUGGGUUUAUUCCGCUCUUCACCCAAAUGCUGGGAUAAUGGUCAUGAUGAGGCCAAACCGGAAAUUAUGAAUUAAUUAGAUAACCGAAGGCAAACUAAGUUCAGUUUUAAAUCUUAAAUCUGAUUUGAAUUUGGUUUAAAUUUAGCUUAGUUUUUAAUUGAACUUAAAUUUGAAUUGCAUAUAUUUUUUUUAACUACAAUAAUCUAAGAUGACCACCAUCCUCCUCAUACCCUAAAAAGUAGUAUUUAUCUUUGUUUUUUUUGUAAAAUGUCUUUAUAGAAAGAAUGAUUGGACAUGUCUGGAGUAUCAGAAAAUGUUUUGCUGUUUUCUCAUCCUGCUUUCACCCCACAGCCAAAUGGUAAUGCUGCAGACAGAAAUCCACAGGUGGUCAGACCAAUCUCUUUGCCACAGAAUGUGACUGUCCCAUGUAAAAUGCUAUGUGUAAUCUUCCGAGACAACUGUUUGUGAUUUGCCAAUAGAUUGUAAACCGAUCCCCCAUUUGGGAAAGGGAGGGACUUUGUGUCGCUAUGGUAUAGUAUACUGUAAAUUAUUUCUGUAAAUAACGGAGAAAUCUUGCAUGUUACUGCAAGGCUAAGGUGCUAACCAAUGCUCCACCAGGCAGCCCAUAAAUGUUUUCAAUGCAAAAAUCUGAACAUUUGUCAUCUUUAUCAUUUGGUAACCCAAGCAUGUUCAAUUUCAAAAACUUAAAAACUGAGAGGAAAAAUUCUGGUCUCAUUCUCUUUACAGACCUUGAUAAUCCACUUAAUCAACAGCAUAUGGAGAGUUGUUAUGCAGCAGUCGUUAAUCUGUAUUCCCAGAGCUCCUGCACAGCGAGGUCACUGAAACGCCUCUGCUCUCCCUCUGGGUCGUCAGUACACUUCAGGUCUCCUUACAAUAACAGACCGCACUUCAUGUGAAGCAUGAAUAAUGUGAAAGUUAUUGUGAAAUCUGGAUAAGUGGUAAGACGUCAUGAAGUAACAAACUUGUGAACAUUUGAAAGAAAAUCUGUUUGCUGUUAGAAUAAGAUAUCUCCAGAAUUUUGUCUGAACCACUGCCAGGUUCUGCCAGUCUAUAUGGCUGCUCGGUCUGUGUUGUGUUUUUUUUUUUUUUUUCAGAUGAAAUAUACAAUUUCAUCAAUAAAUAUUAAAUAGAUGAAGUUUUAUAAACUUGUUUAUUGAAACACUUUCAGAUAUUAGAGAAAUUUUGUUUUUUAUCUAAUUUUUUAUACUUUUAAGUAUUGAACUGCACACAACUGUAACUAUUUAGUUUUCAUUUUUUGUAAAUCCUUACUGUUUGAAUAUAUUCUUGGGAUAAGACGGGUGGAUGAGAUUUUUUUUUCUUUUUUCUACUGCCUUUCAUUUCGU